UAAAUACCCAAUGUUUUAUUCUAGAACUACCGGUUGAGUUGAUAAUCCACCUGUCAAGCUUUCUAAAACCCUCUAACUGUAUGCUACUCUCACACACGUGUCGUUCGAUGCAUAGGAUACUGGGCACUAAAUCGACCAACGUCUGUCACAAGAACCAUGCCCGUUAUACUCGCUGGCAACACAUCAACUACCUUAGCUUGCUUUCAAAAGAUCUGCCAGAUUAUUGGGUCUGUGAAGCAUGUGUUACACUACAUAUUGUCGACGAACAGGACGUGCCAAGUGUACCAGGAAAUUUCACUUGCCCCCUCGGGUUGGGCCGCUGGAGGUGGCAUGUCUAUGGCGAGCAGACGAGGAUAGAUUGUCGUCUUCUCUCCCUUCAGGCACUACUAAAGCCGUGCUAUGUUUCGCGGUUCCCUCCUCAUAUGAAUGUGUUCUGCUCGGAGCUAUAUUCAGCAUUCUCUUCCUUGUUCGAAGCCAAGUACUCAUCCCAUCCCAAGAUCGUUUCCGAUCCCGAUGGUAAGCUCAGAUUCCUACUAUUAUCCACCUGGACCUAUGAUACAGACCGGAACGUGUUUAUGUCACGCGAGGCUCUGGGUGAAUUGGCCAUAUGUCCACACACCCAAUUUCACUCGGGCAGGAACUUCUAUUAUAUUUGCAGAAAUGAAUCUGCGCUCGAGGGUGCUCUUAACAGCGCAUUCGGAACGAUAAAACGGUACCAAUACGCGGGCAUGGAAGCGACCACCGGCUCAUGUCCACAAUGUCCUACAGACUUCGCAUUGCGAGUAACGAGGCAGUACGUCGAAAUUCGGGCCUGGCAAGAUAUGGGGACGGAGGGAUCGCCAGGGGAUUUAUCCUGGAGAAUUCAUAGCAUGGGCUUCAAUCAUCGGUACAAUAGAGACUGCCUAAACGACUCGAUCCCACACACUCCAGGGAGCGUCCGAGAACGUUUCGACGCCACGCAGGGCCCUAUGCUACGACAACCACGCGUACGGGGGCAUAUAACCAAUCGAAUCCACAGGUUCUGGGCAGGUUUAUUUACCAAGACGCCGCCAGUUGUCGACAACUCUGAAGAUGAACCCUUUUGCUACAUGAUGCCGUAAAAUACUUAUUCGAUAUGAGAUUACCGUAACGGCAAACGAUCAAGACGGCAAUUACUAAGCCUAGCGAAUGUGGGAAAGAAUAUAAGAU